AUGGCAUCUGAAAGACAACUUCCAGAUAACUCGAGAUCUUCAAAAGAUGAUUCAUUAUUAUCAAGGUUUCUGAAGCCUCCAAGCACAAAUAUGAUGAGUACGCCAGCUCAAGCUGGUUGUAGCACGCUUCGAGGCGGUGGAUAUAGAAACAAAGUAGCUUUGAAGCCUGGCCAUAGCGCUAUGGAUUGGUCAGUGCUUUCUAACACCAAGGGAAAAACUGGAAAAUUGGUAACAGGAAUCGAGAAACUGCUUGCAGAUCCAGAAAUUCACAAGAUCAACAAUCCUCAAGCAUUGAAGGCUUUGCAACACGGUGUACCAGCUUUCAAAAUAUACCCACCGCUGAAGAUCACCAUGGCACACUUGAAGCAGCACAAAUCGGCUGAUGAUUGCUGGUGUGUCAUUGGGAACAAAGUAUACUGCAUCGCUUCAUAUCUAGAUUUCCACCCUGGUGGAGCCGAGAUCCUUUUAAAGUCUGCAGCCGGUAGGAACGGUACAGCAAUGUUUGAGAAAUACCAUAGAUGGGUGAACUACGAAAGGCUCCUUGAGACUAGCUACGUGGGGACUUUUAUCCCGUAG